GAGCAGAGAGGCUGCCCACCCAGCAGUCACGCUAUAGGAGCAAAGGGUGCCCGCGGAGAAGAGGCAGCCACCAACGACGACCAUGCCCCAGAUCGAGGCCAAGCCCUACGCCUUCCCCUACGACGGCGACCUGGACCCAGCCAAGACGGCACUCAUACUCAUAGACAUGCAGGUCGAUUUCUGCGGCCACGGUGGGUAUGUGGACCAGAUGGGCUACGACAUCAAUGCGACGCGGGCGCCCAUCGAACCUUUACAGCGCAUUCUCAAAGCCGCGCGCCGGACGGGCUGCCGCGUGAUCCACACACGGGAAGGGCAUAGGCCCUCAUUAGCAGAUUUGCCACAAAAUAAGAGGUGGCGAUCAGCCCAGAUCUGCGGUGGUUCGGGGGGCAUCGGCACGCCGGGGCCGUGUGGUCGUGUGUUGGUGCGGGGCGAGCCGGGCUGGGAUCUGAUCCCCGAGCUACUACCCUUACCUCACGAAGAUAUAAUAGACAAGUGCGGCAAAGGUAGUUUUCAUGCCACGGACCUAGAAAUGUUGUUGCGGACGACCGGUACUACUACAUUGUUGUUGGGAGGCAUCACGACGGACGUCUGUGUGCACACUACUAUGCGCGAGGGUAAUGACCGGGGCUUCGAGUGUUGUCUGAUCACGGACGGCACGGGCGCCACUGAUCCCGGAAAUCAUCAAGCGGCCCACAAGAUGGUCACGAUGCAGCACGGCGUGUUUGGGUGCAUCGCUUCCUCAAAUGCGAUUCUCAAGGUGCUGGAUGCGUUGCCUACUAAUCCUAUGAAAGGUGCACCAGCGUGGCCGCAACGGCCCUUCCGGCCCCUCGUCCUAGCCCCACAGGGGAAUCUUUUAACGAAGACCAUUGCCGAGGCGAAGCCCUUUCCCUACUCAUUCUUGCCAACGUCGGUCGCUUUGCUGAUGGUCGACUGGCAGAACGAUUUCCUGGACCCGCGGGGCUUCGGCGCGUCGCUAGGGAAUGAUGUUACAUCAUUACGACAAGGUGUUCAGAACGCGAAGCGAUUGCUUGAGUUAUUCAGGUCCAAGGGCCUGACGGUCGCCCACACGCUCGAGGCUCAUUCAAAAGAUUUGUCGGAUGUGCAUCCCGCGAAGAAGCGGCGGUGUCCCAAGAUCGGCGAAAAGGGCGAGUUAGGACGAGUGCUGGUGAAGGGCGAGGCGGGCAAUGCUAUCAUUGAUGAGUUGCAACCACGCGACAGUGAGAUCAUAAUACACAAGCCGGGCAAGGGCGCCUUCUACGCCACAUCUCUCGAAACGCAAUUGCGAGCCGCCGGCUGCACGCACCUAAUCAUGACGGGCGUGACCACCGAGGUCUGCGUCCAGUCUACUGCAAGAGAAGCAAACGAUCGAGGCUUCGAAGUCUUGGUCGUUUCUGACGCGACGGAGUCGUACAUCCCCGCGUUUAAAGAGGCGACGCUGGCGAUGAUCGUGUCGCAGGGGGGGAUUGUCGGCUGGACGGCGGAGACGGGCGCCGUGGUGAAGGCGCUGGCUUCGUGAUUGGAUGUCGCGUCGGUGGCGUCCAGGGCGGUGCGGCACCACCUCGACGCCAUCGACGCGACGGGGGUCAUGUACAUACCUCUCCCAGGG